AUCUUCAACGCGGGGCACGAAAUUCAGAUUCAAAAAAUUCAAUCUCGACAUCAAGACCGAGACACAUCGACACAAUGGGAAAGUCCUCAAAAGAUAAACGCGACGCCUACUACCGACUCGCCAAAGAGCAGGGAUGGCGCGCUCGAAGUGCCUUUAAGCUUCUGCAAUUGGACGAGGAAUUCGACCUGUUCGCCGAUGUCACUCGAGUCGUCGACCUCUGCGCCGCACCCGGAAGUUGGUCACAAGUACUAUCCCGCGUAUUGAUCAAGGGCGAAAAGUUUGGAAGGGCUGCUUGGCAGGAUAAGGAAGCCAAAUUUCGACAGCAGAUGCUGGGAAUUCUACCCAAGGACAACGACGGCGAACAAACAACGGAAACAGAGCAGAUUCAGGAGGAGAAACAAGAGGCUCCAAAGCCUAGAGAAGAUGUCAAGAUUGUGUCGAUCGAUUUGCAACCUAUUUCACCACUUGCGGGUAUUACAACACUCCGAGCCGAUAUUACACAUCCUGCGACUGUUCCUCUGCUACUCUCAGCUCUUGAUCCUUCUUAUGAUCCCAAGACUGCUGGCACCCAGGCCUCGCACCCGGUUGAUCUUGUCCUGAGUGACGGAGCUCCUGACGUGACAGGUCUUCAUGACCUCGAUAUCUACGUCCAGUCUCAACUACUCUUCGCCGCCUUGAACCUGGCCCUCUGUGUCCUCAAGCCCGGCGGCAAGUUCGUCGCCAAGAUCUUCCGCGGAAGAAACGUCGAUGUUCUCUAUGCUCAGCUCAAGAUCUUCUUUGAGAAGGUCAUCGUCGCCAAGCCCCGCAGCAGUCGCGCAAGCAGUGUGGAAGCUUUCAUCGUAUGCAUCAACUUCCAACCUCCCGCUGGUUUCCGCGCCAGUCUCGAGGAGCCUCUCGGCGUUGGUUCGCGAUUGGAUGAGAUGCUCAAGAAGAAGGGCGAUGUCAACAUGCAGGAUUCGACGAUAAAGAAUGAGGGUGUCGUGGAAAUGGAGGUUUACGACGAGACAACGGAGGAUACGGAGAGAAGCACUCGCUGGGUUGCACCGUUUAUUGCCUGUGGAGAUCUAUCCGCCUUUGACUCCGAUGCAUCAUAUCAGCUCCCUGAGGACUACGUCUCUCUAGAUCCCGUCCAGCCCCCCAUUGCUCCCCCGUACAAACGCGCCAUUGAGACGCGAGCCGCCAUGUCCGGAUCACAGCGCUAAACAGAUUUUCCAAAUUCCCCCACACUCAAAAUAAAUAACCCAGCAAGAGAGUUCUGAGUAAAUGCAUCGCUAGAUAACAAAAACACAAAAGCAAAAGCAAAUCAAUGCUUGGGUGUGGGUUUCUCGGCUGGACCGGCCAUCUCGAGCAUUACUAGCCCUGCUGAUGGUCCCUUUUCGAACUCUUGGGCGCCUAACUCCCUUUGAUACAGACGAGCUGCGGCUUGGUCGUGCGUCAUGAGGAGGAGGCCACGCAUGUGCUUCCAUUCGUCGACUAUCUCUUUGAGAGCCUUCAUCAGCCAUGAUGCUAAGCCUCGCCGCUGGAAUUCCUCAAGAACGAAUACGUCUGUGAGAUAGGCCAACGUUACAUAGUCGGUAACUACACGAGCGAAGCCGACCAUCUUAUGAGGAGAGCCAUCUUUGGGUUGAGCGAUGCCAUUCCCUGUGCCACUGUUAGCAAAGGGAGAACUAGAGAUUGGCUGCGAUUCGAUUGACUUACUCUUCAUCUCUUCAGCGGUCUGAGGCGUAUAGUACACUGCCAAAGUCAAGCAGUUGUCCAACACUCUUUGGAGUUGUCCUUGAGGCAAGGGGCUGCUCCACCAAUUGUCAUCGAGAGACUUGUUGAAAGUUUGGGGACACAGAUAGGACUUGUCGUUUGUGAGGAAGAAGUUAUCACGGUACCAGAACCGGGGAGCACCCUCAGCCUGGUUCAAAGAGUCGUGGGAGCCCAUAUUGAUGAAUAUACGAGUUAACGAUAUUGUCUUCAAGUUGCGAGAGUUUGGUGUUUGGUGAGGGUUCCCGAGGGCUUGGGUUGAGUCGGUAGGAUACAGAAGAUGGUCACACAGCUUGAAUCGAGAGCAGACAGGACUUCCGUGUUACUCAAUGGGCAAGGAUCGUGACAAUGAUGUAGUCGUCAGCACAAAGGGUGUACGGCUAGCGGCGGCUUCCUUGGCGGGGAAAUCAGGGCGUGUGAUCGUGAGUUUAGUCAACGAUGUUUGACUCGAGAGAAACGGUUGGUUCAACAAAAGGUCAUGUGGUGACGGGUAGAUAAGAUUCGAGGCUUGUGGAGGAAACGACAAAGAAUCUGGGGUAGAACAAACAAAGUCAAGGUCUUGCUGAUCGAGUCUUCGAUGCUUGUGAAUGAACAACUCUACGAACU